AUGCGCGCGUGCCGUCAUCCCCCGCAACCGCCAUGGCCGGCGCCGCCGAACCCCUCCCUCGCUCUGCCCCUCUGCGGCCACCCGACCUCCGCCGCAUCCCCGCCGGCAACCAGCGUGACCCCCGCGAGGCCACCGUCGCUGCUACAGAGGGCCGCCCCGCCCGAGGCGCCCCCCGCGGUGGUACGGGUGGAGAUCGGCGACGAGGCUGCGGCGCUGCGGGAGGCACUCGCGCGGCAACAGGCCGCGCUCGAAGACCUGCAGGCGGAGCUCGACGCCGAGCGGGGCGACGCCAGCGAGGCCAUGACCAUGAUCCUCUGCCUGCAGCGUGAGAAGGCCGAGGCCAUGAUGGAGGCGCACCAGUUCCGCAGCUACGCCGAGGAGAAGAUGGCCCACGAUGCCGCCGAGCUCGCCGCGCUCGAGGAUGCGCUCACCAAGCACGACGCCGCGGUGCGGGCGCUCCAGCGUUAG